AUGGAGCGUUCGCUUAUGGACUAUGAUAACUCGCUUGAAGAACUCGAACGUCAAAGAGAACAACUGGAGAUUGUCAUGAAACGCAUGGGAGAAGAAUGGGAAGAAAGUGGUGCUGGUAUUGGCUGGUUAGGCUCACUCCCAUCAGGACCAGAACUACCAGGUCUAGGACAAGAACAAGGUCUAUCGUCUUCACCACAGUCAUCGCUAGUAGCAGCAGUAAAGGCAGCCGUAUCAGCAACAUCACCAACCACAACAAUCAUCACAGAAAAAACCGGCUUGGCUGAAACUCUUGAUAAUCCUACUCCUAUUCUGCCGACAUUCGAAGAUGGCGUUUUUUCUCUCGCCCUUGCACCCUCGCCUCUGUUCUCCAACAUUCUCAGCCAAGACACCGGUCCGACCCCAGAAUAUCUCCAGACCUUGUUGAAUGUCAAUGAUGCUCUGCUGGCUCAGAGUUGUCUUAACGCACAAAACUCAUCAGACUUACCAGACCCAACAUCAAUGAUGCCAAACAGGAUCAGCAAAGCCAUGACCAUGACUCCAGUUCUGCAGGAAUACGAUUCCAAUAAUGACAUGUCCUCAUCAUCGACCUCGUCCUCUGGUCCGGUCACUCCCGAAGAGCAAUCUACAUCCAACCAAAAGAUACCUUUGCAUUUCCCAUAAGAGCACAUCUUACUACUUUACUUUACUAUUUUAUAUUAUAUUGCUAUCAUUAAAAACUAACAUUUAAUUAAUUAAUUAUCAUUCUUUUUUUUUUGCACAAACAUCUAUUACACAUUCAUGUCUAUCCUUUAUCUCUCUUUUUAUAUAUAUAUAUUUUUUAUAUAAUAAUAAAAUCAUGCUUAUGACAAUUUUUA